GCCAGCCCUGAAACGUCGUCACAGUGUAGCGUUGUUACAGUGUAGCCAGUCCUGAAAAUUGUUAUAGUGUAGCCAGCCCUGAAACGUUGCUACAGUGUAGCCGGCCCUGAAAACUACAGUGUAGCGACAAUGCGGAGCCUCAAGCUGUUUGGCCUUGUCCUCGCGUUCGUGGUGUACGUGUUGGUAGGAGGCGUGGCGUUCCACUUCUUGGAGAACGCGGAAGAGGAGAAGAUGAGAAAGGAGGUGUUCAAAAUGAACAAGGACGUCGACGACAUGAAACGCAACACGACGGAAGGCAUGGAAAACGCUUGUGGAGUGCGGCCAACACCAACUCGAACUCCAACGCUGCCAAGCAGGAAGUCUAGUGGUUCUAACAGUAAGAAAGAACAGGACGACGCUUGUGCGAUAGAAGGUGUAACGUGUAUCUCCGUCCAAAGCCUGCCGAACAUGCUUAGGAGAAUCAUGAACAGACUCGAGGCUAAACUCAACCUGACGGCAGGCGACAAGGACUGUAUUCCGGACGACGACCUGCCCGUGUUGAUCAUGUCGCGUCGGGAGUUUGAGCGCCACAUCCGCGAGGCUUACAGGGCCAGCCUGCACGGCCUGGACCCGAUGAGCAAGGACGGCAAUUACGAGGACUCCUCCCCGCCCAUGUGGUCCUUCUCUUCCGCCGUGGGCUUCUCCCUGACCGUGGUGACGACCAUAGGGUACGGGCACAUCGCUCCCUCCACGGACGGUGGUCGAGCCUUCUGCGUGGUGUAUGCGCUGGUCGGCAUCCCGCUCUACCUGGUCAUUCUGGACGGCGUGGGGAGGCUCCUGGGCAGAACAGUCCGGAGCGUCGCCAACAAGGCCCACGCCUCUCGCAACUGGAGCGUCAGGAGGGUCCAGCGGCUUGCCUGGGCAGCGACGUUCGGCGUCGGCCUGUGUCUCUUCUACCUCCUCCCCGCCGCUGUCGUCUCACUGGCCGAGAGCUGGUCCUACCCCGAGUCGCUGUACUACAUGUUCAUCUCUCUCAGUACGAUAGGAUUCGGGGACUACGUAGCAGGUAAACAGAGGGGGCGAGAGUACUGGCAAGCCUACAAGGCCCUGGUCUUCAUCUGGAUUGCCUGUGGACUGGUGUUUCUCGCCAUGGUGUUCGACCUCAUGAAGCGGGGAAUAGAAACCAUCGACUCAAAGGAUCGGACUGACAGAAAGGGCAUGAAGGACGGCGGUGGGACAGGUGAAGACCAGGGGAUGGUGUCUAUGGAGGCACUAGUGUUGGAUGAGAAGGGUCGAGACACGCAGAAAAGGGGACAGGUUCGUCCAACCAGCUUGGUUUAA